CACCGCUGGUCCCCAACCCCCCAACCCUCAGGAGCGGGACACCGGAAGCCACGUCCCGGAAGCGGCGCGCGGGGUGUCAUCAGAACAUGGCGGCCUGAGGCGAAGGCGCCCCUUCCCUUCCCCUCCGCAGAGCAGAACAAAGAGGCUGCGGGUUGUUUCCAAGAUGCAGUAUUCCCAUCACUGUGAGCACCUUUUGGAGAGGCUGAACAAGCAGCGAGAGGCCGGUUUCCUCUGCGACUGCACCGUCGUUAUCGGUGAAUUCCAGUUCAAAGCGCACAGAAACGUGCUGGCCUCUUUCAGCGAGUACUUUGGGGCGUUCUACAGAGACGCGUCCGACAACAACGUUGUUUUGGAUCAGACUCAAGUGAAAGCUGAUGGAUUCCAAAAGCUGCUGGAAUUUAUUUAUACGGGAAACUUAAACCUUGACAGCUGGAACGUGAAAGAAAUUCACCAGGCUGCCGACUAUCUCAAAGUAGAAGAAGUGGUCACUAAAUGCAAAAUCAAGAUGGAAGACUUUGCUUUUAUUGCCAAUCCCUCUUCUACAGAGACAUCUAGUAUCACUGGAAACAUUGAAAUGAAUCAGCAGACUUGCCUUCUGACUCUCCGAGAUUACAGUAAUCGGGAGAAAGCAGACGCUGCUUCUGCAGAGUUGGUUCAACCACAGGCAAAGAAAACAGCUUUAGAAAAGAAAUCUCCUCAAACCAAAAAGCGAAAGAAGAAUUUCAGCUCCCCCAAAAACACCCAGAAUAAAUCUGUACAAUAUCAGAACGACGGGACCGAGAACACGUCCAUUGAAAUGUUUUUGGAUGCAAAUAAGCUGGCCACCCAGAUCACGGAACAGGCCGCCCAAGGCGGCGAUAACUCCGAGCUACAGCUGGCAGCUGUGGUGGAAAGUGAAACGUUGGCAGCUCAGGACAUCCUAGUCCAGACUAUUGCAGCCAAACGGAAACGGGGAAAGCCUCAGCAGAGCUGUGCCCUGAAGGAGCACUGCAUGUCCAACAUAGCCAGCGACAAGAACGCUUACCAGCUGGAGAGUUCGGGGGAAGAGCUCGACCAGAAGUACUCCAAAGCUAAGCCGGUGUGCAACACGUGUGGAAAAGUCUUCUCAGAAGCCAGUAGCCUCCGUCGACACAUGAGAAUACACAAAGGGGUGAAACCCUACGUGUGUCAGCUCUGCGGGAAGGCCUUCACCCAGUGCAAUCAGCUGAAAACACAUGUAAGGACUCACACAGGGGAGAAGCCAUACAAGUGUGAACUGUGCGACAAAGGCUUUGCUCAGAAGUGCCAGUUGGUGUUCCACAGUCGGAUGCACCACGGAGAGGAGAAACCCUACAAAUGCGAUGUCUGCAACCUGCAGUUCGCGACUUCCAGCAAUCUGAAGAUCCACGCCAGGAAGCACAGUGGUGAGAAGCCCUACGUGUGCGAUCGGUGCGGGCAGCGCUUCGCUCAGGCCAGCACCCUCACCUACCACGUGCGCCGGCACACGGGGGAGAAACCCUACGUGUGUGACAGCUGUGGAAAAGCCUUUGCUGUCUCAAGUUCUCUCAUCACCCAUUCCCGAAAACACACAGGAGAGAAGCCAUAUAUCUGUGGCAUUUGUGAAAAGAGUUUUAUUUCCUCUGGAGAGCUCAAUAAACAUUUUCGGUCCCAUACAGGUGAAAGACCAUUUAUCUGUGAAAUGUGUGGAAAUUCUUACACAGAUAUAAAAAACCUUAAGAAGCACAAAACAAAAGUUCACACAGGAUCUGAAACUCCCCCUGAUUCUAAUGCACUUGAUAAUUCUUUCAACGAGCAAGAAUCCAUUCAGAGUCAGAAAAGUCCUUUAUCGGAGUCCAUAGACGUGAAGCCCUCGGAGAUGUCUUUAGCACUUCCUCUUCCCAUCGGGACCGAAGACCAUCAGAUGCUGCUUCCCGUGACGGGGAGUCAGUCUCCUUCCUCAGAAACCUUACUGAGAUCUGCUGUGACUGGCUAUUCAGAACCUCAGUUUAUUUUCUUGCAGCAGUUAUACUGACGGGGCGGUGCAGAGCCAGCCAGGUUCAUGUAGUGCUUCUCCUUGAGCUAGGCAGUAGGUACAAAAGAGGAAAUAAAUCCUGCCCUUCACUGUGAAAAUAAUAAGCGAACGCUACACGAGGGGGCAUUAAGGAAGAAUAAAUACAACAGAGCAGAUUGAUGUUCUUCCAGGCAAGGUUUUGUUCGUGAAGGACUGCUUUGUUUUAAUUGAAGUAUUUGUGUAUUGCUUUGCUUCUCAUGUCACUUGUCCUCAGUAACUGCACAAAACUGGUAUCUAGCAAGACUCAUGUAAAGGUAUGUUUUAUUAUUAGCAAUGUACAUUUUUUUAAAAAGCAACGUUUUUAAUGUCUUGGUAGGGUCAUUAGUUAAAGACUAGUUGACAACAGGAGUACUUUUAUACUCCGUUUUGCCAGUUUGUGCCAUUAACAUAAUGUAAGCAUUAUUUAAGUAAUCAUCAAAUAGUAAGGAAAUAGUCAUAAUACUGUACCAACAAUGCAUUUAAAGAUAUUCUUUGUUGGUUAUUUACUUGGUGCUAGCAUUUUAUUUCCACUGAUGCCUUGUGUCCAGACACUGAUACAUAGAAGAGCAUAGGAGAUACCUCUUAACUGAUUCUGUUCUACAUGGAGUAAUAAUUAAUCUGCACCUUAAUUAAACAGACUUGUGAAAAAAUUCUUGGAGGAUUUAAUUUAAGUAUUCUGCAAAUGGUCCUUUGACUCCUGAGCGUGACUAUAGAAUUAUUUAUUCUUUUUUCCCCUCUUCCUACACGUUUAUACUUAUAAAGUCAUAGACCUUUUGCUGCUUUGUGUUGAUCAUCUUAGUAGGUGGCACAUUCAAAACUCUGCUUCUUUAUGCUUUAAUAUAUGGCUGAUAAAGUCUGCCACGGAGAGGAAGGAGUACAGCUGUGCUCAGAGGCACGUUCUCAGUGCAGUGAAGCUCAUUAUUACCACACCUGCCCAACUUUUAUUUGCUUUGCUUAUCUGUGCUGCAACUACAGGUGAUGUCCCUCAUCAAAGCAAGGCAAAGGACAAUGGAUGAAGAUCUCUGUUUGGGUUUUUUUCAGCCAUUUCUUUGGCAUUUCCCCCUUUCCUCCCCUGUCUUCUCUUUUAGCUUCUCUUUAUGUAGCACCUGAAGGAUUCCUUGGCCUUGCCCUUGAAGACUGAAGAACCACAAAGAAUCAGGAUCUUGACUCUGUGUAAAACAAACCCAACUCUGUGUAGCGUGUCCUAAGGUUCUUCUUUACUUUCUCACUCUGAAAACAGAGCAGAAACUUGGGAUAGGCCAUAAGCUUAGUCACAAAUGCUGAAACAGAACAAUGCCCUACAAUUGAUAAAUUUCAUAUUUAAACAGCUUUGGAAGAUAAACUAAUGAUACGCUGCUGUUAUCUGACAAAAAGUAGCUGAAGAUGAACAUAUCCAGGAUAAAUGACUGCAAGAGAGAACUAGCUCUGGAAAAAAUAGAAGAAAAAAAAUCACAUUCCUGCAUAGAAAAUGCAUUCCAUAACAAUGUUUGUUUGGACUGUUUUUAUAUUUCUAAAAUUAUAGCUUAUUACUGUAUUCUUAGAUUUCAGACUUUUUUAAAAAAUACAGUGCUUAGAUUUAUACAGGAUUUGUUUAGAUACUUAUAACAGUAACACUUGCUUUAUUAGUCAUUUAGUUUUCUUUAUAGACAAGAAGAUAAUCAUUAUUUUUUACAAGACAACAAUUUUAACCUUUCUUAAUAGAAUACACAGACUUAUAGUUUUGUCUGGAAGCAAUAAUUUAGUGACCUGCACUCUUGAGUCCCCAUCUGAGAGUCUUGAUUUUUAUCCUCAUCUUUCAUGAAGAUAUCUCAGCUGCUGAGGUAUGAUCUCUAUGAACUGUAUUCAUUUACUAGAAUAUAGAUUUUAAAUAUAUAUAUAUAUAUAUAUAAAAAAAAAGAAUUGUAGGUGUUUUCAGGCUGGGUGCUGUAGGACCUGAAGAAGCAGGUCUGGGCUGUACCUUUUGUCAGUAGAUGCAUGGAAAUCAGCUGGACAUCUAACUUCUAGGAUUCUGAGGUCAUUUUGGAGGUACAAGGUUUAUAACAAUAUUGAUAAUUUCUGUUAGGGAUUAACGUGGGAAAGCAUGGAAUCGUUUUAGGCAGACAACUCCUUCUUGAGUCCUACCUGCAAAAUGAAAGGUAAAAUUUUAAUAAUUCCAUUUACAGUAAUUCAGAGAAAACGACAUGAUUCGCCACACCGUUGUUUCAGUACCGUUUCAGUUGAUUUUGCACCAAAGUCGGUGCAAGUUUUGCCUGAGUAGGUUAUUCUGCAUCUAGAAAUUUCUCAAUUGGCUGUUCAGAAAUACUUAGGUGAGAAUAGCUCCUUGUAGGACACUGACUUCCAAAUGCCUGCCGAAAUGUGGGCACAAAGAAUGACAACUUCUCUGAAAUCAUGUGUUUCAAAAAAAACUUUCAAGUGUGGACAAGUUCAGGAUUUCAGGGCUGUGAUCUCGGAGAGGCUAUCGAUAAGCCUUGCAGAAUUAAGUUCAGAUAAGGACUAAUAAUUGAUUUUUUGGGGGUUAAAUUAUUUUAAAAAUAUCUUUCAUGUAUAUACAGUUUUUUUCCUCUGUUAUUUGUAUAUAGCUCAACUCUCAAUUUUAUAAUCCCCUGGGAGGGGGAGGGAGUUGUACAUAUUUAGCCUGAAGUGUUUUAUGUUAGACUUUAAUAAACUUGUUUUGUAAUUUUCCCCUCACCUCGUGUCUCCUGUUUGUAACUGCGAGGGGGUAGAGCAGAAGGAGGAGGGAGGUGGUGGAAGGUAACCCCCAUUGGGGGGAUACACGGUGGCCCUUCGUGGGCCUACCUUUUCUUCUUGGCAGUAAAAGCACCAGUUUUUUCUCAUAGAAAACAUCGUGGGUCUGUUCAAACUAAAUUAAACAAAAACUUUAAAUACAAUCUGGUAUAAUGACUCUUAGGUUAAUUUUUUUUUUCAUUUGUUUGUUUUGGGGUAUUUGAGGGGGCAGAGAGACAGCUCCGUGUCAACUUGUGUGUGGCAGAACAACCACACCUGCUCUGGGGGCUGACCUGUGAGUCCUCUGAUGAUACUACGUGCUUUUUGGACCAACAGAACCAGAAUAAUUUGUGUUUGGGGAGAGGGAGAGAAAAAUAAUCUCAACACUGACAACAGCUAUCAGUACUGGUGGUUUCAGCUGGCGAGGGGUCUCCAUCCACCUCCCUGCCCGUACGCUACCACUGUCAUAAUACAGAAUCAGAACAUCAGCAGUUAUAUUGCUGCUGCGUAGGAAUUCUUGAAAUCACUCUUUUUUUUUUCUUAUUUUUUUUCUUAUUUCUUUUCCCCCCUCAUACUUUCAUCUCAUAGGUCUUUUGCCUGUGUGCACAUAAUUCAAGAAUUAUUCUGUGACCUAUUCUAAUUUUUAACGGGCACAUUUAGAAGUGCACAAGAUUGCACUAGUGAAAGCCUUUGAGCAAACCUCUGCUUUCCUUGGUGACUCUUUCUGUUUAGGAGCAUCAAUCCAGUCACCGCUACAGGUACAAGCCGAGUGAUUUCCAAUUUUCUAAGAAGUCUGUAUCCAAACCAUUAAACAAUUUUUAACUACCAUUA